UUCUGUAGGAACAAUUUGCCACCGACUCUUGGUGGUGUGAAUAAAGCAUCAUUCUUGCGGAAGGGUUUGUUCUUUCUCUACCAAACAAAUAAAGAAAAGCAUCUCAAAAACAUUCUGAUUCAUGUUUAGAGCAUGUUCUCGAAGCUUUUUCUGAUUUAUUUCCACAAAAGCCAAAUGGGUCUGAACAAAUAUUCAAUCAUUUCACGCCUAGAUAAUUGACAAGCAGGUGGCACCACCAAAUUUGACAGUGAAACUAAUAUUUGGCUUUACGGGUCGGGUUACUCCCACGAAAUCUGGAGCAUGCCCACAUCACAAAUGAGGAGAGAGGAGCUUGGGAGGUUGUGUUUUGCUCGGAUUGCUCGAUGCUUUGCUCUGAAUUUUCGAGCUUCUUCCACUGAUCUUCUGAAACCGUUGCAUGCUUGUUGAUCAAUCAUCGUAAUGGCAUCUGGUAGUGUGAAACAGCCCUUAAUAUCAAGAUAUUCAGGUCCUAUAUCUCGAACCAACCAGAAAGGUACCCUCAAGAGAAGUAGACUUCGCCGCUGUAAAAGUGCCCUACCAGAAUAUAAUCUUCCAGACACUAACAAAGCUGCCUCAUCUCCACGCUCUGAAUCCAGAAUCCAGGGACUUCACCCAAGUUUGAUUAAAGUAAUCAUAGUCUUGUCCAUUUACCUUGGUGCUGGCACUCUAUGCUUCUACCUCACCAGGCAUUGGAUGAAGGGAAAGAAAACAAAUGGAGUUCUGGAUGCUGUUUAUUUCUGUGUUGUGACAAUGAGCACAGUUGGGUAUGGAGACCUUGUCCCUGAUAGCGCAGCUACAAAACUACUUGCCUGUGCUUUUGUCUUCACAGGUAUGGCUUUGAUUGCUCUAAGUUUAAGCAAAGCAGCAGACUAUCUGGUAGAGAAGCAGGAAAUGUUGCUAGUUCAAGCCUUAUACAUGCCCAAACAUGUUGGUAUGGCUGAAAUUUUAAAGGAAAUGGAAACCAACAAAGUGAGAUACAAAUGCCUCACGGUUUUUCUUCUUCUUUUGCUGAUUAUUACUUGUGGGACAGUCUUCCUAGCUGAAGUUGAGAAAUUGAGCUUUGUCGAUGCAUUCUAUUGUGUUUGUUCUACCAUCACAACCUUGGGCUAUGGAGAUGUUAGCUUCUCCACUGAAGCCGGACGUGCUUUUGCGGUGCUUUGGAUAUUGUUCGGUACCAUUUCUUUAGCACAGUUUUUCCUUUAUGUUGCUGAGCUUAACACUGAAAGGAGACAAAAGAAAUUAGCGAAAUGGGUUCUCGAACGGAAGAUGACAAAUGUAGAUUUGGAGGUUGCUGAUCUUGAUGAUGAUGGAGUGGUUGACGUUUCUGACUUCAUCAUCUUUAAGCUGAAAGAGAUGGGGAAGAUCAGCCAAGAAGAUAUUUCACUUGCAAUGGGAGAGUUUCAAGAACUUGAUAUUGAUCAGUCAGGGACAUUAUCAGCCACUGAUCUAACACUUGCUCAAUCUCAACCUAGCUGUUGAGGAGGAGGCAACACCACCAUAGAAAGGUAAUGUACUACUAACUAACUAACUAACUAACUAGUGAACAAACUUAUGUAAGUUGUCUCAAUGCUACUCUGUCAGAUUUGUAUUACCACUUUGGAGAAUGAAGGCAAUGGUAUUGAUAAAGUAAGUUUGUAAGUUUGUUGCUAGGGAGGGAUUGGUUUGGGUGAGAAAUUCAAAUGGUUUUGUUUCUGUUUGUUUUUUUAGGUGUGAAAGUUGUGGAAUCAACAAAUAUUGAUGCAUCAGUUAAUACAACUUGAAUUUGAGAUUAUUUAGAAUU